GCGCGGCCGCUUUUCCCAUGCGCGCUGCGCCCCGCGCCGCCGCCGCCCUCUCGCCGCCGCCUGCCCCUCGGAGCCGCCGCCUGAGUCGGGGACGAGAUAAUGACCGAGGCGCUGUGGCCGGCUGUCCCCAACGGGACGGACGCCGCCUUCCUGGGCGGCCCGGGCUCGCCCUGGGGCAACAGCACGGUGGCCUCCACCGCCGCCGUCGCCGCCGCCUCAUUCAGAUGCUCGCUGACCAAGACGGGCUUCCAGUUCUACUACCUGCCGGCUGUCUACAUCUUGGUGUUCAUCAUCGGCUUCCUGGGCAACAGCGUGGCCAUCUGGAUGUUCGUCUUCCACAUGAAGCCGUGGAGCGGCAUCUCCGUGUACAUGUUCAACUUGGCCCUGGCCGACUUCCUGUACGUGCUGACUCUGCCCGCGCUCAUCUUCUACUACUUCAAUAAGACCGACUGGAUCUUCGGGGAUGCCAUGUGCAAGCUGCAGAGGUUCAUCUUCCACGUGAACCUCUACGGCAGCAUCCUGUUCCUCACCUGCAUCAGCGCGCACCGGUACAGCGGCGUGGUGUACCCGCUCAAGUCCUUGGGCCGGCUCCAGAAGAAGAACGCCGUGUACGUCAGCGUGCUCGUGUGGCUCCUCGUGGUGGGGGUCAUCUCCCCCAUCCUCUUCUACUCGGGCACCGGGGUCCGGAAGAACAGAACCACCACCUGCUACGACACCACCGCAGACGAGCACCUGCGCAGUUACUUCAUCUACAGCAUGUGCGCGACGGUGGCCAUGUUCUGCGUCCCCUUGGUGCUGAUUCUGGGCUGUUACGGGUUGAUUGUGAGAGCCCUGAUUUACAAAGACCUGGACAACUCGCCUCUGAGGAGAAAGUCAAUCUACCUGGUGGUUAUUGUCCUGACUGUCUUUGCUGUGUCUUACAUCCCUUUCCAUGUGAUGAAAACGAUGAAUUUGAGGGCCCGGCUGGAUUUUCAGACCCCAGAAAUGUGUGAUUUCAAUGACAGGGUGUAUGCCACCUAUCAGGUGACGAGAGGCCUAGCAAGUCUCAACAGUUGUGUGGACCCCAUCCUCUACUUCUUGGCAGGAGAUACUUUCAGAAGGAGACUCUCCCGAGCCACCAGGAAAGCUUCCAGACGAAGUGAAGCAAAUUUGCAAUCCAAGAGUGAAGACAUGACCCUCAAUAUUUUACCCGAGUUCAAGCAGAAUGGAGAUACAAGCUUGUGAGGACGCAAGGAUCCCCAAAUACCCACUUUGUAACAUGGUCUCAGAUGCCCAGCCUGGUUUACAGUAUGUGUUAAGUACAUUGUUUCAGCCUCCAGAGAACUUUCUUUUGGAGUGUGGACCCAUGAGGAGGUGGACAGUCACUAGAAAUGCCCUUUUACUCCUUGGCAUGAUUUUUCCAGAGUGUUUCUUCUUUAGCUUCAUACAUCACGUAGUGGACAAUGACUUGUGAAUGCAUGCCAAAUAGUGACAAGAAUGAUCUUGCCACCUCCUUCCAGG